CGACUGUGACGUAGUGUGACGUUGUUUCGACGAACGCAGCUAGAGAGAACAUGCUGGAAGAUGAUGAUGAUGACGUCAUUAUCGAGGAAGUGGAGGGAGCUGAUGGCGUGGCCACCCGACCUCCAGAACUUGGAGACUUUAUCACAGGAGUUCUUAAUGAAAGGAUUACCAUAGGGGAACUAGAAAGUCGGAGGGAAAACUCAUUUGGGAUAGCGAUGGGGCUUGCCGCCAGGAUUGCGAACACUGCCUAUGGGAUACAUCCUUUGUUUCCAAAGUACAUUUCAAUAAGGGGAGGCAAGCCUGAACUUGAAAAUCUUCGAGCCCUUGAUGCUAAUGAAUUCCAGUGUUUUGUACCUAUUAAGAGGCCUGCAAAACCCGACACAUUCACGAUGGUGUACAAGCCCCCCAGCGAAUUCCCAAGCCAUAGAAUCCUUCUAGGUGUCAACGAGAAUCUGUUUUCCGUAGACAAGAUGCAGAUCUCUAAAGAGUGGGGUCAUUGUGUGGAUACAAACGGGUUCCUUAGGCCUGACUUUAUCCUCCACUGGUUCAAUGACGGUAUCAUAGCAGCUGUGGACUUUUUAAAGGAGGCUAGACCUCAUAGAGCAAAAAAACAUCACACCAUGGACAUAUCAUAUUCUGGUAAAAAAGACGGAACCUUGUUGAUCAACUUCUACACGAACCAGUCCAUUCAACCGCAUUUGUUCUUCACACUCAAUAUCGUACCCUGCAUUUCAAUCAGUGAAGUUCCGAAGCAGUGUCGUCUGCAAGUCCCAAUAGCAAGCAGACGACCGUAUUAUGAGUUCCACACAGACUUCAAAAAGAAUAUCAGAGACGUCUUGACGCAAGGUGAAAAAAUGUUCUACCUUGACGCAACUGUGAUGCCAUGGAGCAAUGAGUGUGGUUACGAUGGCAGUAUUGUCUGCUCCUGGGGUCUCAACAUAGGUUGUCUAGAGGACAGGGCUCUUCAUUAUAUCUGUCAGAUGACGACAGGACAAUAUUUCAGAGACAUCAUCAUGUUGAUAGAGAGAAUCAAAGACAUACAUUCAUUUUGCUUGCAUCCUUUGACAAAUCGCGUCAUCUUAAAUGCCAUAUUGUAUCAGCACAAGAAAAGCAUGGGAGUGGUGAAGGGAAGGUCACGUUGGUUCAUCAAGGUGAUCGAACGGCUUUCGUCCCACAUGAAGUCAGGUGUAUUCCCAGCGUUCUUUCAAGGGAAAUAUAAUUUGCUCAGUGAUUUUAAGCCCGACAUGUUGUCCGCCACGGCUUCGGA